AUGUUGAUGUCUUUUCUGCAGAGCCAGCCCCUGAUGCGCCCUCAGGUGGCAGAGGGUGGCGCAACGAAUUCUGGUACUUCGCUUUCACGGGACUCUGCAGCCGAGCCGUCAGUCACCAAUUGGAGCUCUUUCACGAGCGCAUUUUCUGUAUUCGCCCAAAAAAUACUGCCAACAAAUUUGCCGGGAUCUGCACCGGACAGUGGUCCAGCGGAAAGUCAUACCUUCGUCAACAGUUUGCAGAGACAGGCGGCGGAAAACAUCAAGAGGUUUCAACGACAGGGAUUGCGCGACUUCGCUUCUGCGCCUGUUCGGGCGGAAGAAUCACCAGAAGUAGAGGUCGAGCCAAACGAUUAUAACAACUGCACAAACCAACCGAAUACUGUCUGCGGCGCACAGUGGCUUCUGCUGUGGACUACGGCAGCCUACGCACCAGAACAACCAACGGACGAGGUAAUAUUCGUGCUUCUUUAGGUUGUUCGGUAUUAAUGUUUAUGUGGAUGUGUACUGCCCCUGUUGUUGAACAAUUCACCGGCCUACUGCAGAAGCCCAAAGAGUACAUUUUUCGGUUUUUCAGGAGAGGAAAGCGCUUCGCACUUUUUUCACGGAGUUUCAAGACCAGUGCAGGGAUAGGAGUUACGCGAAAACGUUGGAGACGUUCGGGGCACCGGAGUGCAGCAGCCGACGGCAGCUCAUGAUGUGGCUUUGCGUGGGACAGAACAAAUUCCGAAAUUUCACGGUACCCUGCCGCUACCAAAGCCUUUUAGAUCGCUGGCGGCACAGAGAUGGAUACCUAUAACUGGUCGCGCAGAUAGCGCAAUGAGUUCUGUGUCGAAUUUUUUUCUCGGGCACGACAUACAUCAUUGCGGAAAGCAUCACACAAAUUCAGGAUUCCUACGAGGAAAGGGAUUGCUUCAAAGCGACUACGACAAAAAAAAAACGCAAUUGAGCGAGAUUGAUCAGCUCGCCCC